CGAGUCGCUCCAGCUCUGCACCCGCGUUCCUCUGCCCUCACACCCGGGCAGCCAUGACCCCGGGCCCCCUGCUCUGGACGCUGGCCCUGAUUGCAGGCUGCUGGGCGCAGGGCCUGUGGGUCUCCCAGCCCAGCUCCGUGCAGGGCACCGAGGGUGGCUCCGUCACCCUGCCCUGCGCCUACAACAGCACCCGGGAGCCCAGGCUGGGCAGCUACACCUGGGUGAAGGAGGUGGCGGGCGCCCGGCUGGAGCUGAGCGACGGGACCCAGGAGUUCAGGGGCCGGGUGAGCUGGGCCCGGGACCGGAGCUUCCUGCGGGAGAGGAGAGCCGACGUGGAGCUGCGGGACCUGAGACCCUACGACACCGGGACCUACCGCUGCCUGGUGAAGAUCCCCACCGUGGGAGAGGGGGCGGGGAACGGGACGUGGCUCCAGGUGCUGAAACCGGCCCGUUCAGGGCCCACGGACGUGAAACCCGACCGAUUUGUCCUCUUGUGGCUUUUCCUGCGUGGGCUGAUCUGCAUCUUCGGCCUCGCCGCCGGCGCCAUGGGCACCAGCCUGCUCUACCAGAGGAAACUGUCCCGGAGGAGACAGAGACGAGUCAGGGAGCUUCAGGCCAAAGCCCAGCUGCGAAUGUGACUGUUCGUGUCUCCUGCUCUAACCACUAGCCCGUAGUGCCCUUGCAGAACCAGGGAGAGAACCCAGGAGUCCUGGCUCCCAGCCUCCCCCACUCUAACCACCAGCCUCCACUCCCCUCCCCAGCACUCCCCUGUACACGUAACCAACAAUUACAACUUUUCUUCAUGCCCCUGCUCCAGGAGUCCCGGGGAUCUGGGAUCUGGGUUAAAAGCUUGUCUCUUUUUCCCCCGUCCCGGCAGGGGAGAACAGCUGGAAAUUGCGACCCCGAAACGCUGAGAGAAACCCAACGGCCGGUUGAAAUGAAACAUCUGGAGUUGUGGGAGUCUCGCUUUCCCCCGCCCGCCCCACUCGCGUUCAUUUCCAGCCAGUCUCGUCCUGCCUCCAGCCCCGAUUUGUUCUUUUUCCAGAGAAUCGUGGGGCCUGUGAUGGGUGGGGUCACAGAGGCCCCAUUGGGACCGUCACCUGACAUGCUGAAUUUACCUCUGAGCCCAUUUUCCCUGCCAGCUUGGGACUCCAGACCCCUGCCUUGCUGAGCCAGACGCGCCAGCCUGGUGCAACCCAGACCCAGGGUCUGGGCCACGUCCCCCGGAAGCUGCAAACUUAACUGAAAACAGCUUGAGAAGUGCUCCUGCCUCCAGCUCCCAGACCCCCAGCUCCCAAUGGGAUCCAAACCCCACAUAAAUCCCUUUUACUCUGUAUUAAGCUUAUACAGGGUAAACGCAUAAAUUGUCCGCUCUCCAUAACACCAAUAGAGAGAUAUGCCCAGCGGUUUGCUCCCCCAGGGAUUAAUCACUUACUCUGGGUUAAUUAAUGAACAAAAGUGAUUUUAUUAAGUAUAAAAGGUCGGAUUUAAGUGGCUGCAAGUAAGAACAGCCAGAACAAAGUAAGUCACCAAGCAAAAUAAAAGGCGCCAGUCUAAGCCUGAGACGUGAAGAAGCUGAUUACAGGUGAAUCUCACCCUCGGAGGGGUUCCAAUGAGCUUCUUUCCCAGACCAGACUCCCCCCUAGCCUGGGCCCGUCCUUUCCCCGGUACAGCCCUUGAUCCAGCUCAGGUGGUAACUAGGGGCGUUCUCAAGAUUGCAGCCCCCUUUGUCCUGUUCCACCCCCUUUUAUAGCUUUGUCCCAAGGCGGGAAUCCUUUCUCUCUCUGGGCCCCCACCCCUCCUUCUAAAUGGCAAAGCCCCAGGUUCAAGAUGGAUUCCAGUGACAUGGUCCCGUGUCCUGGGAGACUUCAUGACCCACUGGCUGGCAGCCAGGGACCCAGGAGGGCUUGGAAGUAAACAGAGCCAUUUACCACCAAUUGUCCUCGUCAGCGGGAGCCAUCAAGCUUCCAAGCCCCCAGUAAUGGCCCACGCUUUGCAGAGCGACAACAGGCCUCAGCGUUAUGUUUCAUAGUCCUAGUUUCCCAUACGAGGGUGACAGCGUCAUACCAACGGGAGGCCCACGCUCAGCCGGUUAUAAGCUUCGUAAUGACACCUGACAAGAGACCUUUUGCCUGAAGUAUCUUCCAGUUACAUCCUGGUUACACUCAUUAGCAUAUUUUCAUACCAUCAUACGGAGCGCAACGUCACCGGGCCGUCCGGGGUCGCGAUUUCCCCCGGCCCAUCCGCUGGAUUCGCGACUUUCCCAGCCAAGCUGGUGAUUUCCCCAGGCCCUGGUUUUUUAGGCCAGUCUCAUGGUAUUUUGGGGCCCUGACGCCACCCGGAGCUGGACGCCGGCCUGUCACGGAGUCCCCGGGCGAUGCUCUGGAACUGCUCCCUACAAAGCCGGUCAGGACUCUGGGGAAGUCUCCUCUCGGGGAGCAGCCUGUCUGCAGGACACACAGCUCACCCGGCUUCCCCCUUCCUGGGUCUGACCUCGGAGCAUUCAGCCUCCUCUGCCCCUCCGUGCGCUUCCCACAGCGAGUCCGCCCAGGCGGGGUCCUGGGGGAGCCAGAGGGUCCUGCCCCGCAACUCCGCAGUCAGACGUGACUCUCAGCCAGCCAGUAAAACAGAAGGUUUAUUAAACGACAGGAACAUGGUCUAAAACAGAGCUUGCAGGUGCAGAGAACGGGACCCCUCGGCUGGAUCCAUUUUGGGGGGCAGUGACUCAGACAACCACGUCUGCCCUUCACUCCAUGUCCCGGCCAGCCCCAAACUGAAACUCCCCCCAGCCCCUCCAUCCCUGGGCUUUGUCCCUUUCCCGGGCCAGGAGGUCACCGGAUCCCUUUGUUCUCCAACCCUUUAGCUCUCACCUUGCAGGGGGGAAGGGCCCAGGCCAUCAGUGGCCAGGAAACAGGGUGUCGGCCAUUCUCUGUGUCCAGACCCCUGCACACACCUGCCAUCUAGGGCUCUGCAAUGAUCAUACGCCCUUACCCCACCCCACCCCCUAGAUACUUAAGAACUGCAUAGGGGAAACUGAGGCACCCCCCACACUAUUCAGAGGAAACAUUAAGAACAGUCCCACUUCGUCACACGGCCACCUCCUCGCUCCACCAUCUUGACUUGCUGCUUUUCUCUGCACCCGGCUGCUCGGCGAGGAGCCAAAUAAAUGCCGAAUGUGCUGGAAACGGAAAUCUUCAUUUCCCACGGCGCUGCUACGGCCCCCGGUUCCCUUAAAUGACAUC